AUGAAUUAUAACCAGUUAGAAGAGCAGGGUGAUAAGGAGCUGUUUCAUUUCCUAGCUAACUCACCAAAGGACUUCCGGGAGGGAGAAAGAAUUAGAAAGUACCAAUUAAAGAAUGGAGACUACAUCCACUGCAUUCUUUGGAAUAUGCACUUUUACAUCACAGGGACAGAUAUCGUGAAGGUUCUUGUGUGGAGAUUCCAGAACGCAGGGAGACACAUUGCAAGCCACAAAAAGUUCGAGGAGGGUGUCUUCUCAGACCUCAGAAACCUAAAGCCUGGCAUAGAUGCAACCCUUGAAUCACCCCGAUCUGACUUUCUUGAAUUCUUGUACAAAAAUGGGUGCAUUCGAACACAGAAGAAGCAGAAGGUUUUCUUCUGGUACUCGGUCCCUCAUGAUGCCCUUUUCUGCGAUGCUUUGGAGAGAGACCUAAGGCGGGAGACAAAUCUAUACACAUACAGCAAAUACAUGUGCGGCAUGCCAGGAGUCCCCAGGCCACAAACAUUUGCACAACAAAAGAGAAGCUUGAAGACAUACAUUCGGGACACAAAGAUGGACGAGAAGAAGAAGAUGCUUCCAAUGGGCAAGCCCCUGCAAAGGCCAAAGGAGCGGCCAGAAAUGUCUUCCGUAGACAUUGAUCUGUUCAAAGACUCAAGCCUGCCUAACCCAACACCUGUGUUUACUCCUGCCUCUACUUCAUAUACCUCGCACAUACAGCAGUUCAUACAGCCCACAGCAAAGCCAGAAACAAGCACAUACAGCUUUAAUGAACUAGACUUUUUUUCAGACGACUCCGCGUUUAUUGAAAGCAUCAUAGGAGACAACUUUUCUUUUCCCCAGCCAUUUGAGAAGUCGUUGAUAUUUGAUACAGGGUGUAGCAACAAAAAGUCAGACUUAGAUGACUUUUCAUUUAUUAACCCAAAGAAACUUACAUACGGAAGCAAUAGCAGUGGGUUUCAAAGAGGAUAA